CUCAAAGAAACCAAUCUCGCAGAUCCCUCAUGUCAAAGUAGAAAACUCUCCUCCUCUAUCAGAUUCCACUUCCUACUUGUCAACUCUUUCUUCAUUUCGAUCAGCGGCCAUGGUGCUGUCGAGGAUCGCAUCGGAGACGGACGCGUCGAUCCAGUCCACCUUCGCCUCGCGCUACGUCCAAACUUCCUUACCGAGGUUUCGGAUACCGGAGCAGUCGAUACCGAAGGAGGCGGCUUACCAGAUCAUCAACGACGAGCUGAUGCUGGACGGGAACCCGCGGCUGAACCUGGCGUCGUUCGUGACGACGUGGAUGGAACCAGAGUGCGAUAAGCUCAUCGUAGCAUCCAUCAACAAGAACUACGUCGACAUGGAUGAGUACCCCGUCACCACUGAGCUCCAGAACCGAUGCGUCAACAUGAUCGCUCACCUCUUCAACGCUCCUCUGGGCGAGUCCGAGGCCGCAGUAGGCGUCGGAACCGUUGGCUCUUCCGAAGCCAUCAUGCUCGCUGGGUUGGCCUUCAAGCGCAAAUGGCAGAACAAGAGAAAAGCCGAGGGCAAGCCUUGUGACAAGCCCAACAUUGUCACCGGUGCCAAUGUCCAAGUUUGCUGGGAGAAGUUCGCAAGGUACUUCGAGGUGGAGCUCAAAGAAGUCAAGCUGAGUGAUGGCUACUACGUCAUGGACCCUCACAAAGCAGUGGAGCUUGUCGACGAAAACACCAUUUGCGUUGCUGCCAUCCUCGGCUCUACUCUCAACGGAGAGUUCGAGGACGUCAAGCUCCUCAACAACCUCUUAGCAGAGAAGAACAAGAAAACUGGUUGGGAGACACCUAUCCAUGUGGACGCCGCGAGCGGCGGAUUCAUCGCUCCGUUCUUGUACCCCAAGCUGGAAUGGGACUUCCGUCUGCCACUGGUGAAGAGCAUUAACGUGAGCGGUCACAAGUACGGCCUCGUUUACGCUGGCAUCGGGUGGGUGAUAUGGCGGAGCAAGGAGGACUUGCCGGAAGAGCUCAUCUUCCACAUCAACUACCUCGGCACUGACCAGCCCACCUUCACCCUCAACUUCUCCAAAGGGUCCAGCCAAGUAAUCGCGCAGUAUUACCAACUGAUUCGCUUGGGAUUUGAGGGUUACAAGAACGUAAUGGAGAACUGCCAGGCGAACGCGAUGGUGCUGAAGAGGGGGCUGGAGGCGACAGGGCGGUUCAACGUCGUGUCCAAGGACAACGGUGUGCCUCUGGUGGCGUUCUCGCUCAAGGAUCGCUCGCGCCACGACGAGUUCGAUGUGUCCGACUGGCUGCGCCGCUACGGGUGGAUCGUGCCGGCCUACACCAUGCCGCCGGACGCGCAGCACGUCAUCGUGCUCCGCGUCGUCAUCCGGGAAGACUUCAGCUGCACGCUGGCGGAGCGCCUCGUCGGCGACAUCAAGAAGGUGCUGCAUGAGCUGGACGCACUGCCACCCAAGAACGGGAGCAACGUUAUUGCCAUGAAUGUCGUCAAUAGCUGGAAGAAAUUCGUGAAUGACAAGAAGACUAAUCGAGUGAUAUGCUAAUUUAAUCAAGCUAUAUAUUGGAGGUGCGAGGCAAUAUAUAGAUAUAUUAUAUAUGUAUGUUUGCUGUUUCUUGUUCUGUUCGUCGUCUUUGUAUGCAUCAUCCUAUCGAACUUAGAGGGCUUAUAUGGUGUCCUAAUCUCUUCGAGCAAACAAAUCUGUUGAGUUUGCACAUGUUAUUGGACCGGGAUAAAAUGUACUGCAAAAACAAAGAAAUAAUUUCCUUUGGGUGUAUUACUAUAACUGAAUAA